UGGUUGCACUUAUUUAUGGAGUGCUCUAUGCCCAGGUCUCUGUGGCUGGGCUGCUCCAGCCUGGCGGACAGCAUGCCUUCGCUGCGAUGCCUGUAUAACCCAGGGACUGGCGCACUCACAGCUUUCCAGAAUUCCUCUGAGAGAGAAGACUGUAAUAAUGGCGAACCCCCUAGGAAGAUAAUACCAGAGAAGAAUUCACUUAGACAGAGCAUGAACUCAUGCCAUCUGGUUUUUUGCUUGAACCAGAUUACUGUUGGCUUGUGUCUGACUGUGACCAGUUUUAAAACCGAAAGCUGUCAGCAAAGUACAAAGCUUGCCAAUGGCACUUCCAGCAUGAUUGUGUCCAAGCAGCGAAAACUUUCAGCAAGCUAUGAGAAGGAAAAAGAGCUGUGCGUCAAGUAUUUUGAGCAGUGGUCAGAGUCUGAUCAAGUGGAAUUCGUGGAGCAUCUUAUAUCCCAAAUGUGCCAUUACCAACAUGGGCACAUAAACUCCUAUCUGAAACCUAUGUUGCAGCGGGAUUUCAUAACUGCUCUGCCAGCUCGGGGUUUGGAUCACAUUGCUGAGAACAUUCUGUCAUAUUUGGAUGCCAAAUCCCUGUGUGCUGCUGAACUUGUGUGCAAAGAGUGGUACCGAGUGACAUCCGAUGGCAUGUUAUGGAAGAAGCUCAUUGAGAGAAUGGUCAGAACAGAUUCUCUGUGGAGAGGCCUGGCAGAACGAAGAGGAUGGGGACAGUAUUUAUCCAAAAACAAACCUCCUGACGGCAGUGCUCCUCCCAACUCUUUUUAUAGAGCACUUUAUCCUAAAAUUAUACAAGACAUUGAGACCAUAGAAUCUAAUUGGAGAUGUGGAAGACAUAGUUUACAGAGAAUCCACUGCAGAAGCGAAACAAGCAAAGGAGUUUACUGUUUACAGUAUGAUGACCAGAAAAUAGUAAGCGGCCUUCGAGACAACACAAUCAAGAUCUGGGAUAAAAGCACGUUGGAGUGCAGGCGGAUUCUCACGGGCCACACAGGUUCGGUGCUGUGUCUCCAGUAUGACGAGAGGGUUACGGUGACUGGAUCGUCGGAUUCCACAGUCAGAGUGUGGGAUGUGAAUACGGGGGAAAUGCUCAACACACUCAUUCACCAUUGUGAAGCAGUUCUACACCUGCGUUUUAACAAUGGCAUGAUGGUGACCUGCUCCAAAGACCGCUCCAUCGCUGUGUGGGAUAUGGCCUCCCCAACUGACAUUACCCUCCGGAGGGUGCUGGUUGGACACCGAGCAGCUGUCAACGUUGUAGACUUUGAUGACAAGUACAUUGUUUCUGCUUCUGGGGAUAGAACUAUAAAGGUAUGGAACACAAGUACUUGUGAAUUUGUAAGGACCCUAAAUGGACACAAAAGAGGCAUCGCCUGUUUGCAGUACAGAGACAGGCUGGUGGUGAGUGGCUCCUCUGACAACACCAUCAGAUUGUGGGACAUAGAAUGUGGUGCAUGUUUACGAGUGUUAGAAGGCCACGAGGAAUUGGUUCGAUGCAUUCGAUUUGAUAACAAGAGGAUAGUCAGCGGGGCCUAUGAUGGAAAGAUAAAAGUGUGGGAUCUGUUGGCUGCUUUGGACCCGCGUGCCCCUGCAGGGACCCUCUGCCUGCGGACCCUUGUGGAGCACUCUGGAAGAGUUUUCCGACUCCAGUUUGAUGAAUUCCAGAUUGUCAGCAGUUCACACGAUGACACCAUCCUCAUCUGGGACUUCCUCAAUGACCCAGCGGCCCAAGCAGAGCCCCCACGCUCCCCGUCGCGAACAUACACCUACAUCUCCAGAUAGACCCUGGACCUCGCCCGCCCAGGACUCAUUGCAGUUGCAGUAUUUAAUAUAUCUGCAAAGACCAAGACAAACAACAACAGCAACACUCAAAUUCCUACCUGGCUCCCUG